AUGUUGAGCCGGCACAUGCGCGACCUCCGCGUCGACGACGGUUCUUUUUCCCUUCUUUAUCGGAAAAAUGAGAAAAAUCCAUUGAGAUCUUUAAAAGAUGGCACUUUAUACUUUCUUAUUGUUCAUACUGAGGCUUCGGUAGGUGUUGAGAAGGUAACCAGCGGGAGGUUGGAAGGUGAAGGGAAGCUAGAAUUUUUUGAGAAGGGAAGUGGAAGCUAGAAGUUAUUGAGAAGGUUUUCAGAAGGUAGUGGGAAGCUCUUUGAAAGGUAAAAAAGGAAAAUACCUGCAAGAAGCCUUCCAGCAGGUCUCUAGAAGGUAAAUAGAGGUGUUGGGAAGAUGGAAGGCGUUUGACCACUCACUGGAGAGCUUUCAAUUGACAUUUUUUCAAUAAAAAGUGAAUUUUCAUAGGUCUGGAAAGGUCCAGAUGAACGGAUAUUAGUGUAAUACUAAUAAAUGACUGUUUUCUACAAUUUCCGUGAUUAUUUUUGACCUAAGAAAUUAUCGCAUGAUGCUUAGAUUUUUCGAAUUUCAAAAGAGCUAGAAGACAAAAUUAAAAAGUACCGGAAUCAGUUUGAAAGCCUUAAUUGAGUUUAUUAAUGUUCAAAAGUCUUCGAAAAGUUGUUUAAAGAAGGAAAAGCCUUCUAUGACCUCAAAUUACACUGAGAAUGGCUCUUCGUUUCGAAAUCUUCUCAAAAAUCUCCUAAGUCUGUUCACCGUGACUUGACAGUUUUCGUGUGUCUGCGUCUCUCUGUUCUCUAACCGGCGAGAUCACAGAAACGAGAAAAUAGCACGUGGAAAAGAGAGGGUCGUCGAGAGACGAGGAGGGUGCAGAGAAGUCGCGAAAAUCGGACUAUACCGGUUUUGAAUAGUUAUCAGAAGUGUUAAAAUGAGAAAAAAAAAUAACCUCGUACUUGAAAAAUAAAAAUGUAUCACUUGAGUAAAUUUAUUUUUAUUGUUCUGACUUUUUUCUACAAGCAUUCUGUAGCUUCCCUCGUUUUCACAGUAAACACGGAGAAAUAAGAGAAAAAAAUAAAGACAUAAAGUUGCCGAAGACGUUUCUCUUCCGCUGCCAAAGUGGCUACCUAUCCGGCGGCGAGAUCGAGAUCACAACGAUUGAUUAUCGUCUAGACGAAAUCGAAAUCGUAUCCCUUCAAAGCGCCCCGCCAAAAUCUUUAUUGGGGCCUCCGUGGAAACGAGAAAAGUAGGAGAAGAUGGAAAAAAAAAGAAGAAGAAGAAGAAGAAAAGAAUAGGUGCCCCCUUCAUUUUUCCCUCGCGUCGUAAACAGCCGACAGACCUUCCCCAGACAUGUAAACAUUCGACAAAGCAUCGACAAAUAGGCAUUUGAUGAUGAUGAAGACGGGGUGAUUGAGAGGAAUCGGUUGUUGGAACGGUUCCAAGAGGGAUCCGAACCGUUUUGGCUGGGUAAAGAUUGCUUUUUGGAGGUUUUUCGGGGCUUCUAUAUAAACCUGCAGCUUUGAAGCUGUUUUUGAAGUGAAGCUUUAAAGCUCUCUCUUAAAGAAUUCUUGUAAAGUAAAGUCUAGAUCAAUCGGAAGUUGAAAUUAAGGUUGAUCAGGAGAAUUUUCGAACAAAGCUUCAUACAAAAAAUCGAAAAAUAGCCAUUUUAGCAAGUUAAAUAGGUUUCCAAAUAUUUUUUGCAUGAAAAAUGUUUCAUUAGUUAAUUUUUGAGCUCAAAAAAAAGUAGAUUUUUCUCUAUUUUUUUCCGUUUAAAAAUCGUCUGAAAAAAAUUGAAAAAUUCACUUUCCCAGCCCCUGAUUAAACCUGAACCUUCAUUGAUUGAGAUUUGAUAUUUAAAAAAAUUUUUCAGAAAAAUUUCGGAAAAAGUUUGGUUUUUUUCUAACAGUGAGAAGUCUGAAAUACGAUUAAGAAAUUUAACGGCGAAAUGGAAAAAUAAACAAUUUUUAACUCCUACAAGAAGGGCCUUAGUAUAAGAUUUCCAAUUAUUUUUGAAUAAAUCAAUCAAGCACAUAAAAAAAUAUUCAGUUUAUUCUUUUCAGACGACCCCGAAAGACAAAAGGGACGUCGGAAAAGCGCCCGUCUUAGCAACAGACAAAAUGCCACGGUUUGUUUUCAAGUUGGCGAGAAAAAGAUAGAACCGACGAUUUCAGGAGGAGCCACUACACGACUCCGGCACAGAGUCCGACGAGGAGGAGAUGGAGUCGAUUGCAAGGCAUCGUGCGGAAAACGGAACAGGUCGGUUGCAGAUCUAUUUCGAAUCUUUAGUGGAACACAGUAAUGAUUUCGAAGGUGAAAAUAAACUGGUAGUCGAAAUUUUUUUAGCGAUAUCAAAAAGCGCAAGUAGGUUUGGGUCGGGUGCAGUCAUGCAACCUAAGGUACUCUUAAAAUUAGCAAAAAAACAUCUGAAGUAGCUUUUGAAGUACAAUAAUAGGCCAAUGCGAUUUUAAAAAUGGAGCUAGUUAAAGGAAAAAAAAUGAUAACAAAACCGCGACGCAAACGCUACGCGUCGAGCCAUUCCCAAUGCGACCAGAAAAGUGGAUAUUUUUAACUUUAAUAGAAGAAGGUUGACCGCUACGCAACCAACAAUUCCCAAUGCGACCAUAAAGAUGAGAUUCUCAACUUUAAUCGCAGAACCUUUCCUCUUUAAGCCAUUUUCAGUGCGGUCAAAAGUUUGAAAACAUUACCCAAAACAGGAAGCGCCGAAAGCGCAUUGAGCCAUUCCCGAUGCGACCGAGAAGCUAGAAUUUUAAUUUGCAAUGAAGCAAAUUAUCGGCAACCUCUGCACAUUAGCCAUUCUCAGUGCGACCAAAAAAAAAAUUUCUUUAAAAGUGUAAAAAAGCAACCGCUACAAUUCUAGCCAUUCCCAACGCGACCAAAGUAAGAAACUUCAAACCGCCUUCCCCGCGUGUUAAUCUGCAAACACCGAUACGGUCGUCGGCACACACAGAACUAUUGUGACCUCAAUUUCCAUUUUUUUUUUCUCUUCAGUCGAAAAUUGCACUAAUAAAAAUGGCCUCGGUGUGGAUCAAAGACCUCGAGGAAAAGGUAAAUAUUUUUCGGCGGAUGGAGGAAGGCCUAAUGGCGCAACAACCGUGGCCGAAGACACUUCUCCACGGGGGUGCGAGAUUGACCUGCGGCUGGCCUCGGCCAUUGUUCUAUCUCGCCUCCGUUUCCGUGUCUCCCGGCCACUUAUCCGCCUUCGGAUGACGUCGGGGACCGGCAAGAAUGGAAAUUUUGAACUGUCGAGUGACUAUAAGGCACAAGAAAGUUAUCUGAAAGGCUUCGUCUGCCUUGAAGAGGCCUUGAAGGACUGGAAAAGUUGGCAAAAAGGGGAAUUUUGGACGACGAAGUGACAAUAAGACACAAGAAGCUGGAUUAAUCAAUAAAUAAUCUGAAAAGGCUUCGACAUGUGGUCUGCCUUUAAAGGAGUCGAAGGGACUGGAAAAGUUGGCAAAAAGGGAAAUUUUGAACUGUAAAAUGACAAAAAGACCCCAAGAACUGGAGAAAUCAUUAAAUCAAGGCUUCGACAGCUGGUCUCUCUUCAAAAGUCUUCUGAAGGGACUUUAAAAAACGACAAAACUGGAGUUUUUAGACUCAAAAACAUUUGAAUAAGCUUCAAAACUAGUGCUUUAAAAUUUUUUUAAAAUAUAAACUUUAAUACACCUAUGACACUGUUAAAAUCUUGAAAAAGUCCUAGAAUAGCAAGAAUAAAAAAAUUCGUUUGCGUGUCUUCUGGUCGCUUACCCACCUUCAGAGAAAUUCCAGAAUUACUGGGAAAACUUUUAGUGGCCACUAUAGAGGCUCGCCAAGGACUACUUGGAGAGGACACUUAAGUGGUCACUAAACCCACCUCUAUAGUGACCACUAUUUUCCGUUUUAGUGGCCACUUCAGUAGUUUUUCAUCCAGUAUUCCUUCCAGUAACUCUGAUAAUUUUGAAACAAACAGAUUGGACCAGUUAUGUUGAUCAAUUGACCCCUAAAGUGGCCACUAACUUGACUUCUAUAGUGACCACUAAAAAUUCUCCCAGUAAUUUGAACGAUAAGAACUUUUAAAGGCGCAAGGGCAAAACUCAUGAAAAAACUGUUUCUGAACGCUUACUCCAAAUUUCCAUGAUCCUUGUUGGUUUCAAUUUUCCACGAGGUUAUUGAUGCCCCUUGCAAAAUGACGCUGAUAAGACGAUUACGGUAGAUAAGGGAAUUCGAACCGGUUUCGGCCGAAAUUUCUCGAAACGGUAGCCUUCUCAUCUUGAGAUGAUAAUGAUUUUUGUCAACUCGGCGCUAUUUUUCAGCCUUGGCAGACAGCCACGCGUUCUCUUUUUCCUUCUUCUUCUUUUUUUUUCUUUUUGGUGUUGAUAUAAGAUAAGCGGUUUGGCGCACAAACACACACGAUAACGGCCUUGCCCCGAAACCAAAUAUUUUUGAGAUUGGUUGGAAAAAAAAAUAAUUAAAAAUUGGGUUGAUUUUCGAGAGAGAAAGUCAAUUUUUUCCAGAAGUUUCGCUAGUUUCUCUGAGGGAAAAGUCUCUUUUUGGUCCUCUAAAUUAGGCUCGUAAUCUUUUCAAAAAAUUAAUUUCUCGCUGUCGAGGAUCUCCCUGACGGAAUUUAUCUUCAGAUCCAUUCGCGACCUGGCAGAGCUACGAGCAAUUUCUGAACGGCGGAAGUCCACCGGCCCUCUCGGCAAGUCCGCCAGUUCCUCGUGACGUCGACACGGAAAGGUACACGUUUACAAGGGGAUUUUUCAGCAGAAAAUUGAAAAAAGUCGAAUUUUGGUAGCUUGUUUCAAUGUCAACCAUGUUGCAAAAAAAAUAAUUUCAGAGGUCUAUCUUGCUGACAGUUGAAUCUUUUAGAAAAUGAAAUUUUUUGGAAAUUUGAAGCUUUGGUAUUUUAUAAUGAUAAUGUGUCAUUAGAAAAUGUAAUCUAGAAAAAAAUAAAAUCAAAAAAAUCAAAUAGUUCAUUCUUUUUUUAGGAACUUUUCCUCAUUGAGAUUUGUGUGUAGUUUGAUUUUCGGAAGGGCUUUGAAAUUCCGGAUGUCGGUUGUGUGGAGCUUUUCUGCGUGAUUAAAUAAGUAGUCUGGACUAUUUUGGGUCAUGUGGCACUUUGAAACUCGCUUCACUUUUUCAUCGCGUCUCUAAAUUGAAUAAUAACCGGGAAGUUUCAAUCCGUUGUCCAUGUUCUUGAAAAAUUAUUAUUUCUUUCCGAGAGAAUGGAGAAGUUUCUGAUGAAUCAACAUAAAUGAUGGACUUUGCUUCCAAAAAGCCGCCAAAGCCAGAUUUUUGGAAUUCCAUCUUUGAAAUUUUGUUCAAAUCACUCGGGCAAAGUCGGAAUGGUCGAUAAUGGCCGCUUAAAGGGAGAGGGUCAAAAAAGGCCCCAGAAAGGCCGCAAAGAGAGUCCCUUUGUCGAGCCUUCCAUUUUUUCUGGGAUUUUAUAGGCUCAAGAAAUAGUGAAAAAGAGAGAGAGGCAGCAAAAAUGGUACAAAAUAGCCGAUGAAAUGGCCCAAAGAGGCAGCAAAAAGGGAGCCUUGGUCACCCUAAAAGGAACAUUGUUAUGCACCCUUCCCGAUUUCGCCAUUGAGAAAAAUCAUUGAGUAAAACUUAAUCUUAUCAAUCAAAAUCUUGAUUUAUUUUUUUGAUUUCUUGUUUUUCUUGACAUUGUGUUCCAAGGGUAUAAAUUCCGAAUUUUCGAUCACUUUUUCAUUUAUUUUUUCGUCAUAAAUCAUCAAGAAGAUGGUUUCCUGUAUCUGAUUCAAUUUAUAAACAUUAGAAAACCCUUAUUCAAUGUUUUCUCUCCAUUUCUGUAUUUUAUAAAUAAAUGAAAAUUGAGAAAAUGGUCGGUUGACCUCAAUAAUGUGUGUUGUGUUAGUUGAAAAUUGGGGGUUCGGUAAUUAAUCUCCUUGGUGCAUGCACUCUACGCCAAAGUGCAUAUCAGCCGAGUCUCGUGACUACCGUAACCCAUAUCGGCGGUUUCGCAGAAAUGGAUAAAAAAAGAAGAAGAAGAAGAAGAAGAACGCCUCGGGGAGCGAAAUCGGCCAUCCAUCUUGCGUCGCUUAUCGCCCUUGCGGACGACGAACAAACGUGCGUGGCAAAUUUCGAGGCGUCUCGUCUUGUCUUUUUCGGUUUUGGUUUUGUAUUGAGACGAGUUUAGGGAGAUGUUUGGGAAUGGUUUAGAGAAACUUGGGAUGAAGCUCCGAAACUUUAAAAAAUAAAGAAGGUGAAAUCUUUGGGGAGGUUUUGCUAUCGAGAAGGGUUUCAAGGUAUUUAAAAGACCUUUUCAAGAUUUUGAGAAGCUUUGUGGUCUAGAAAAAAAGGCCUAGAAAGUUGCAAAGUCGUUUUUUUUUUUUGGUUCUGCUGGAGGAGUAAUUUUAUAAAUGGUUUUAAGACUGUAAAGGUUUCUCCCUUCUUAGAUAGUCUACAUUCUUGAAUCUAAUUCUUUCAAAAAUGAUAUUCGGAAAGCUUUGGAGACUCAUCCUGUGGACUGGUAAUGCUAUAAGAAUAUUGAAAGACUUUUCAAAUCACGUCCUUAAGUUUAUCCUUGUAAAGAGGUUAAUCAAACUUCAUUGAGGCGUUCAAAAUUCACAAUUUCCUCAUCACGUGAUCCCUUCUACGGUCGCGGAUCAGACAGAGCUCAACUCUGAGCUCACGGAGCCCAGAGAACGGAGCAAGUUUUCCAGACAACAAAACCGGCCUCGCAUUUGUGUUGGGUUUAGAAACGGCCACGUGCAAAUAGAGCCGCCGUUGAGUGAUAGGCCCAGACAGAGGCUCAUUGUCGUAAAUUGAGCUCCAUUGAACUAUAUUUCGGUCCACUUAACGGUGGCUUGGGACAUGGGAAUAGUUGGGAAUAGGUUGGACUAUAAUCAAAUUUUCUUCGUGGAGGGUUUUAUUCGAGGAACACAAUUUUUGAAUGGGAAAAAAUUUCUUCUUCGGUUAUAAUUUCGAGACAAAUUUUCAGAAAACUCUGAAAUUUUUCCACUUAAGUAACCUCACUAACAGGAUUCUCGUCUCUGUUAGACCAAUUUCAAAAAUUUCCAAUUUUCUCUGUUCAAAAUUGAUGUUUUCUGUCUCAAAUAACCAGUCUCCGAAAAUAGUACACAUUAUGAAGAAAGACACUUGUCAAAUCGAGGGCAACUUGAGCAUUGGUCCCUUCGUGUGAGGUCUAGUGGCUACUGAAGCCCCUCAAAAAAAAGAAUCUGUCUGAGAGGUUUUUGAAAUUUGGAGAAGCUUUUGAGAGCUUCACGGGAGGCAAUUUUCAACGAAACCUGGGUGAAAUUAUGGAAAUUGAAUUUUUCUUCAAUGAAGUCUUCUUUACCGCUAGUUGUUUAAAGAUCGCAGAUGAAAAGGUAUCUUCAAAUUUAGUUUUUAUUCGAAAAAAGAACCUUUUUAACUUGAAAUGGAAUAUGAACUCUUGGAAAAGGAGAAAAGAUUAGAGUUGAAAACUUUGGAUUUUUGAUUUUAUUCCAAGAAUCAUUCCCGUCCAACGAGAAUAUUGUAAAAAGUCCUUGAUCUUUUGUGUCGAAUUCCCGUCUGAAAGGAUUAAUAAAGCCACCAAGGGCGUGAAAAAGAAGAAAAGGUGGAAUUAUUGUUGCGAUUCGACCUGAAGGACGUUUUAGAGUGCUUUUUAAUUUGAAAGGCCGCGGGGUGAAAAUGGCGACUUGAUAGGUUUUUCGGUUUCUUCUUCGUGAGAGCUGAAGAUUUUAAGAGGUCUACAAGUCUGAAAAAACUCCCUCUUUGGAAUCCCUUCAAAGUACAACUUUCUGCUCCAUAAAACUUCUCUCGAGGCUUUUCAAUCUUACUGAAAGCUUCGUAAGAAUACUUUGUACCCAAGAAAAAGUCAUGAAAUAAAAAGGAAGGCUUUCCAACAAAUUGCUCGUUUUUAUGCCUUCGACAAGAUUCAAACGCCAAAAGUUAAUUAAUUGAAGCUCAAACCUUCUUUCGUAAGCUUACCAGAUCCUUUCUAGAGUUCUUUCCCAGUUGAAAAGCCCCAAAAAACAACCCUUUGUUGCUCAAAACCUUUCCUCAACUCUUUAAUCUUCAUAAAAGCAUUCCAAACGGACUUUAUACCCGAGAAAAAGUCGUAAACUUGGAAAAAAGGUCUUCGAUGAAGCUCUCUGCGAAAUUGCUCGUUUUUGUUCGUUCAAAACGAUUCCAACGCCAAAAAGUGCCUCAGAAGUCGUCGACCAAAGAAAACGUCGAAUCGAAAACACUAGAUGACCAGAAAAGACAGCAAAAAGCAACAAGCAAAAAAAAAAAGAACGAGGCGAAGAUUCGACGUCAGGCAGGCGAGAGCGGCAGAGAUGCAGAUUUUAUAUGCUUCAGCAUAGGAGAGGUCAGAGACGCAGCGUAGGAUGUUCGACGGAGGGCGCAAAGCGCCGCGCAACCAACCAACCGACCCACGGCGGAGUCAAUUUUCUCUUCUUUUUUCGCUUUUUUGCUCUUGGGACCACGUUAUGAGGGGUCGGCUGAGUUUCGGAAAGGUACAAAGGCUUCCUGAACAUCUUUGAACCCGUUGGAAUGGACUUGAUGCGGUCCAGAAGUCGUGAAAAGCCGAGGAAAGUGAGGGGAACUUUUUUUAGAGUUUCUGGACUUUUUUGAAGUUUUAGGGCUGUUUUCAUGUCUUAAACUUGAGCUGUGAGGUCUCAAGUCGUUCUUAAAGAGAUUAUGGAGCUUUUGAGACCGGUUUGAAUGGAUUAACGGUGUUAAGAAGUGGUAAAGAUCCCUUUUUUUGGAUUAUUUUGAAGUUUUGUGAGUAUUUUAGGUCUGCGGGUUAUGACAGAGCCGCAAAAUCGGUUUUGAAUUAAGAAAAAGUAACUUUGACGUGGUCAAGAAGUGAUGCAAAACCGAUGAAACAAGUAAAAAAAUGAAAAUUAUUCAUAAAAUAGUAAAAAUAUCAAAGGCUUCAUGACCAUUCUUAAGGUCGAAUAUUAGUUUAAAUUGCUGUUUUCGGGCUCGUUUUUCUUUUGGGAAAUGUUGAAAUCUUGAUUCGAGUUGGUUUCGAGAUUCAAGGAGCUCAGAAGAAACUUUGAGAUUUUCACAAAGAUAAAAGUUUUUUUGAGAAGCUUCAAAAAUUUUUCCUAGCGGAGCUCUAUUUGAAAAAGAUUCCAUUUUUUGGAAGCUGCUUCAAACUUCAGAAUUGAGAAUCAAAGCAUUUCUUUCGAAAAAAAUUGUUUGCUUGAGAAAUUCAUGUCGUUGUGUUGAAGAAAACACUUCAAAAGUUGCUAGGAGACAGUUUUCCAUUGAAAAUUUUAUUGAAUUUGAAAAAAUGAAGAAAGGGAUGAAUAAUCCGAUUUUUUCAGUUGGGACAGCUUCGGAAGGGAAAGUGGCAUCAUGACCGGCGACAACGACUCCGACGACGGUUCUGUCACUCCGACGCCGUCAGUUUUCACGUCUUCUUCAAUAAAAUGCCACUCUAAUUGGAUUUUUCAAUUUUCUUGUGAUUUAUUCCGCAUUUUGGCCAACUUCUAGAGCUCCAAAUCCAAGAAAAAGAGCGAAAACUUGUUGACGGCAAGUCCGACGUCAUAUCAAGGGCGGAGCCCCAUCAAAACUGGCCGCGAUCGAAAAUGAAUGCGAUUUGCAGGCGACGUCGCAUGCGCGACACCACCUUCCGCCAGCAGCAGCAACUCCGACAGGUGCUGCAGCUGGUCGCGACGUCGUCGCCGUCGGCAGCCGCCGCCGAAGCGACAUCGUCGGCCGCCGAGAAACGUCGCUACAGCAUGAUCGCCAAGCGGGAAGACCUCCCGAUCGCCUACCGCCUUCGCAGUGGCAAUACCGGUCAGGAUUGGUUCCUCAGUAGAUCCAUUUCUUGACACCCUAGCUAAUCCGAUUGAUCUUUCGGUAAGCUCUAGAGGUUCUUGGUUCGGUUCCGCUGCUCGGCGUUUCAUUUUUGCCUUUUUUUUCAAGUCGAUUCACAAAGAGCUUGGCCCUGGAAGAAUGCAUGACUUGAAGCUACGGGUCUUGAGAAGAAGAAAAAGUUAUUUUUUGGGAUUUUUUCGGGCUUUUUCUCAAAAAUGAUGAAGACGUAGCGGUCGAUUUCAGCGAGAAAUAGUUUAAUUUCAAAAAAAAAAGCGUGAUAAUUCAGCCAUUUCUCUAUAAUUUUCUUGACCAGCAAAGUUCUGACGACUUUUUUAGUUGAUGAAUUUUUACAUUUUGCUCAUUUUUCUGGAAUUUUUUUUUAAAUAUGCCCUUAAGAACAAACAUUUUACAGUUGACAGCGCACGAAAACUUGACUAAUUCGAAAAAAAAAUCUCUUAAAGAUUCUUAGGAAGCCAAAAAAUCAAUUGAAUUGAGUGAAAUAGCGACUCUUUUUCGAAUUUUAGUUUCCCGCCAAAAUGGUCUGCUUUUUACAUUGUUUGAUCGAAAAUCAAACGAUUCAAUAAAAAUCGAAAGAAAUUGUUUUGUCGUAGUUUGGUCGAAGAAAUGAUAUGCGUAUCGGAUUACCCGUCUGGAUACGUCUGAACGCAAAGUGUAAUAAUGGACUCUUGAUCUAAUGAGCUUUGUCUGGUCCGGUGAGGUCUCAGCAGAAAGAAUAGUGGAAAAAAAAAUAAGGGUUCGAAAAAUCAGACAAAAAAGAGAUCUCUUGAGCCGCUCCUGAUUAGAGCACACAAAGUAUCGCCGGUGAAAGCUUUUCUAGAAUUUUUCAAAAAUAAUCUUGCCAAUAAAUCUUUUCAAUUACAUAACUUCAAAAACAGCUAUUUCGGUGAGGAUUAUGUGCUCUAUGGAGAAAACCGAUUUUGAGAUUUUUUGAAACAGUUUGGCCCGGAAAAUUAUCUAAAAUCUUAUACUUUGUGCAAAAAGUUUUCAAGAUCAAUAGAUAAUAAAUUUUCCAUGAGCUCGCAAAAUAUCGAGGCUUAGAAAAACCAAUAAAUUUUUAAAAACAAACCUGCGAAAAAACAGCUGUUUCUGAUACGAAUUUUGCGCUAUAUGGACAAAAAAAUUCAUAGAGUUAUUCGAGUAUUUUGAUCUCUACAAAAGUUUUUUGAAAAAAAAAGCCAAAUUGAAAAGAUAUAUGCUCUAUAGAGAAUAGAGAAUACUCUAAAAGUAUUGGCGAUUUGCUAGUUUUUUUUUCAACCGCUUUGCUUGACCCAGAAUCACCUUUGGGAAAAACUAAAGACCAAUUCCAAAAAGAGGACAAACAGAUCCAUUGUGAAUAAAUAUUUCUUUCUCUCAUUCUAUGGCCUUGGCCUCACUUCCUUAUGGCAGAAAACAUGCCAUAAAUCAAAACAAUCUCUGUUUUUGGGAUUGAAAUGCAAUAUUCUCGUCUUUCUUUAGGGAAUUUUCUGCUUUUGACUAGGGGGAAAAUGUAGAAGAAAGCAGAGCGUGAAAUUAUUUCUUUUGAGUCCUUUUUCCAGCUCAAAAUGAUAUUUUCGUUCGAAAAACUUGCACUUUCAGGGAGAAAAAAAAGAAGGAAAAGUGCAGCCUUGGAAGGAAAAAUGAACUAGUUAGGACCCGUAGCAUCUCUAGUCCAAUAAUUCGAUUGGAUAAUUUGGCCCGUCGCUGUUCCUUCCCCAAUCCGCUGCUGUCGCACUUUCAAACUAGACUAGAAAAGAGCCGGAUCGGGAAAAAAAACGUAUAUUUUUUAGCGAUUAAAAAUAGAUUUUUAUUUAAACUUGAAAAAAAAACGCCAGAAUAAAGUUUUUUUUGUCUACUACCUUUAGAAAUUUGAACCUAAAAGGGUGCUAUGAAUUUCCUAUUUUUUUAUCCAAUUUUUAUAAAAAAAUGCUUUUCCGCUUUUCCAGUAUGAAGCUCCGAUAGAACACGUUGAGAAAACAAUAAUAUUAAAGUCGAAAAAUGUAAAAUUUUCUCAAAAUUCGGUUUUUUGUCGAUUUCGCUUCCUAAACUUUGUAGAUAAAAAUAAUUUUCAUUCUUAAAAAUUUUUUCUUAUUAGCUCUCCUCUUGCAACGCAUCCUACACGAUCCUGAAAAGAUGAAAGAUAGAGCAAAAAAGGAAGAAAAACUUGAGCCUUGAGAUAUUAAUUGGCUACCGGAAGCCAAUUAGAAGCGCCUCAGAAGCCUCGAGUGGCGUACCAGGACGUUAACAAGGUUUUUCCCAGUUGGACGCUUCUUCGAGCUUAUUUUUUUCAUGCUGUUUGGCUCUUCCUUCUUCUUCUUUCCUCAAGUUAUGAGAAGAAAAUCCAAUUUUUCAUAUUUUAGAAUUUUUUUUCUAGGAAAGAAAGUUCUAGAAAUGGGGUUUUUUUGCAGAAAAAUCGAAGAAACUUUACAAUUGCCCUUGAAAAUUCAUUACAAGACGACCUAUUUUUGAAGCACCUGGGAAAGUUUUUAGUGGACACUAGAGAGGCUUGCCAAGGACUUUUUGGAGAGGAUACUAAAGUGGCCACUAAACCCACCUCUAUAGUGGCCACUAUUUCCCGUUUUAGUGACCACUUCAGUAGUUUUUCAUCCAGUAUUCCUUCCAGUAACUCUGAUAACUUCAAAACAAACAGAUUGGACUAGUUAUGUUGAUCCAUUGACCCCUAAAGUGGCCACUAAAAUUUUUAGUGAUCUAGUAGUUGCACUAGUAGACCUUUAUAGUGGCCACUGAUUUUUAACCCCUUAAGUGGCCACUGAUUUGACUGCUAUAGUGACCAAUAAAACGACAAAUCCCUAAAGUGGCCACUCGACUAUAAGUUUUCACAGAUCUGAAAUUUUUUAAAUCUCGGUUAAAGUUCCAAGCUUUCAGAAACGGUGCGUCCGGUGAAGGUGGCGGCCCGUCGGAUCCCGGUCCGGGUGAUCAUCAACCGCCCACCGACGACGUCGUCCAACAAGACGUCGUUCUCCGGGGAGACGACCUGCACCGUCGCCCCGGCCGCCAAACGCAACCGACGCAACAGCCACCGUCCCUCACUCGAUUUCGACAAGAUGUAUGAGGUCGGUCGCUGAUUUUUACGCUAUUGAGUCCAGGGUUUUCAGAGAUGAUUCUCAAACUUGUCAAAUAAAUCUGAAGUUUUCUUUUUUCCAUCUUUUUAUAGGACUCUAAGGUCUUAUUUUUUGAAUCGAUCACAGCAAAAAGACUUUGAAAAAGGGGUUCUUAACCUAAAAAUGGGAAAAAAUUUGGCUCUUUUUCAGAAGCUUCUAAUAAACCAUUUCCAUAAAAAAAUCCUAAUAAUGAUUUUUCUGAACCUAUCGAUAUUCAGAACCGCAUCGAGACGCCGUACCCAUCGCCGGCGACGUCGCCAACCCCACCGAUGACGUCAUCGGCGGCUAGAACUUCGCUCAAGAAAGAUUCCAUCGUCACGCGUUCCCAGUCGAACCUUUGA